AUGGGUUGGGGCAUACUCGAAAGCUCGCGCGCAGCUUUUCCUCGCGGCACAUCACUUUUAGGAGUGGUUGACAAGAAGGUCGUCUCUGAUACCGACUCUAUCAAUCAAACGGAGGUUGUAGCGCGCUCUCCUGAGCCUAGCGACGACCCAAAUGACCCCCUCAACUGGUCCCUCACAUGGAAGUGUGUGCACCUUUUCGUCCUGGCCUUUGGCUCUGCAAUCACCAAUGCAACAACCACUAUGCUCACACCCGGCCUCGAGCCUCUAACUGAGAAGCUACAAAGCAAUGACAGCGAUAUCUCAACAUGGAUCAUCACUGCACCUACCUUUUGGACAUCAGCUGCAGCCUUUAUCGCUGUCGCCGGAACAGACAUCUGGGGAAGACGACCAUUCUACGUUUGGAGCGCUGUCUUCCUUGCUCUGGCAAACUUUGCUGGCUUCUUUUCGACCGACUUCCGCAUGCUAGUAAUUGCACGAACGGCAGGAGGUCUCUUCUCUGCCCCUCUCUUCACUCUCCUUACUGCUAGUAUCAGCGAUAUUUUCUUUGUCAACCAGCGUGGCCGAUCAAUCGCUGUAUGGAACCUUAUGUUGAACUCUGGAGCACAACUCGGUCAAAUCAUCGCCGGUGUCGUCACAGACAGCUUUGGCGUGUCCUCCAACUUCCUCAUCACAGGUUUCAUAUACACCGGCCUGAUCCCCCUCUUCUACUUUACCGUUUUCGAAUCUGCCUACUUCAACCGCAAGAACGAGCCCGUCACUACCAUCGUUGUGCAGCCCAGCAAGCUGAGGAGCGAGUGGGAUGAGGAAGAUCUCAAGAGCUCCAAUGUACCCGCAAAGAAGACCUACGGCCAGCAACUCACGCUCUUCAACGGCCGCCUUUCCAACAAGUCCUUCUUCAAGGGCAUCAUCAAGCCCUUCGGCCUCAUCACCUCGCCUAUCGUCAUCUACAGCUGCUUCCUCAACGCCGCCAUCUUCUUCUUCCUCGUCGGCAUGUCCACCUUCAUGUCCAUCCUCCUCUCCGCACCCCCAUACGACCUCGGCCCCAGCCAAAUCGGCAUGACCAACCUCCCCCUCUUCAUCGUCGGCCUCCUUGCCGGCCCCCUCUUCGGCUGGCUCUCCGACGCCUCCGUCGGCCUCAUGGGGCGCUACAACGGCACCAAGAAAGGAAUGGUAGAACCCGAAUUCCGUCUCGUCCUCCUCCUCGUCGCCACCCCCGUCACAAUGGCCGGCCUCAUCGGCCUCGGCGGCUCCUUCCAGAAUGAACUCCCUCUCCCUUGGAUCCUCGUCUGGAUGACCGUUACCAACGUCGGCAGCGUCUCUGCCAUCCAAAUCGCCGUCUCGUACGUUAUCGACUGCCACCCGGAGCACUCCGCCCAAGCCUUCUCAUCCGUCAAUCUCAUCGGCGCCGCCGUUGUCACCGUCGGUCUGGGCCCCAUGAUCGAAUGGCUCAUGGCUGCCGGUCCUGUAGUCGUUUUCGGCGCCAUGGCCGGUUGCGCCGCCGGCGUCACCGUGUUGGCCCUUCCCAUGUACAUCUUUGGCAAGAAGAUCCGUGCCUGGUACGAGAGUGCGUCGUGGGCUCAGCGUCUCCUCGAUUAA